CUCACAUUUUUAAGAAGGAAAUAGCGCGCUUGAAUCAGCUUGAUAGGCGACACGUUGACAUUGUUAAGGUAGCACCGCGUAUUGACAUUCCCGUUUGGAUGACGUUAAAUGAUGGAAGAAUAAACUCAGAAGAGAGCUCUAGCUCACCAUGCAAUUUCUCUUUCACUUGGAAUCUUUUCUAUCACAUGAUGGCUGCCUACUUGCGGCGACUAGGGUCCACUUUGGACAAAGCUUUUUCUGCGAUGACUUUGUACGAUGUACAUAUGUAGAGCUUAGACGCUCAGAUAGCGGCAGCAACGACGAAUUUUCGAGCCAGCUAUUGACUUCAUCCACCAUGGAAAAUCGUGAGAAGAGCUAAUCACUACAACAAUUGAGAACGCGAUCUUAUGAUACAACUUGGGCAGCUUCCUGCGUCGGAACCACCACCAAUACGUUCACAGGGCCAAUUUUUGCUGUUUCCUCCUCUUCAUCCACUCCUCUCGAUAGGCC